UUAACUUUCUAAGAGAAGGUGUAGAUAUAAACAGAGAAACAGUUAGGCAAAUGCCAAGAUGAGUUCACUGUCGGAUGAGAUAGAUGAAGAUUCUGUGUGCACACCUCCUCUGUUCACGCCACCCCCAGAAGCCCCAAUUCCGCCACCACCGCCAUUUUCGCGUACUGCCUAUACAACAACGACAAAUGGAAAAACAGGAGACUUGAGCAAUAACGCUGUCCUCAAUGCUGAUCCUGUAAGCGAAGGGCAGAGGGCAUACAUAUACGCAUGUAGUGCUAUACCAGACAGUUUAGAGAACUACAUGUGUGUGUCUUACCAGCAGAAAGUAGAGCCCAUUCUCCAGACUGGCCCUCAAUGUGGAUUAGUUGCCCUAGCAAUGGCAGAGUCGGUGCUACACAAGGAGGUUACACUCGACCAAUUAUCGGCAAUCAGCCAGGCUCAGGGCUUUUCCAAACAGGGUGAAAUGUUCUCUUCUAAAUUCAUGGAGCAGACUGCUAGGCUAUCAUACGGUUGCAAGACGUCUGUUCUUGAUAUUCGAGAUGUCGCUGGUAAAUGGGAGUUCCUCAACUGCCUAGCUCGUGGUGAUAUACUGCUUGUACCAUAUGACCCAGACAAAAACUUUGUGCCCGUCUUGAAAAAGGGACAUAAAGCUCAUUGGGCAAUUGUCUCAGGGUUCUUUGCUGCUAUUAACGACGAACAGAUAAUGGCACUGUUUCCAAAAGGCAGCAUUAAAAUGGACUCAGAAUUCUCGAACUUGUUUCACUGUGACACACCCCCAUUGCCUUCCAACAGCGGGCGAGUGCUUCCAGCAGAACCCAACGUUACGCCUCGGGCGCUGUCUGCUAAUGUUCCGACACGACCGCAAGGUGCUAUGGUCUCAAACCGAACCAUUUCUGCCCGGACUUUGCCAGUAGAGCCCCUGAAGUUGCAUGCGAAGGAGAAUACAAAACUUUGUCACAAUGUAGGUAACCUGGCUCACAAAGUGAACACUGCUGCUUCCUCAAACAUGCUAUGUAAAAAUCCACUGGAAGCAGCGUCUUACAUCUUGGUUUAUGCCAAGCAGGGAAAGAGUAAACAUACUGGCAUAUGGAAUGCUAAGACCUUAGUUGAAAGUUGCUGUAAUCUUAUUGAGAUUGACCCCGAGCGAGUUGCAGACGGAGACAAGUAUGCAUUUCCAGAGAUGGGAAUUGAGGAGGAACUGUGUGGGAAAGUAGUGGUGUUGCAUGUAAAGAAAUGA